AUGAGUGGACCCUUAAUAGGUGAGAUAUGCUCAGCAUGGGUCAGCAUGUUGUCAGCUCGGGUGCGCGCCGUGCUUGAUACGGGUUCAAUGAUUAGCAUAGUACCAAUAGCUGUGCUGGCACAGGCACAGAGAAGUGGCUUUGACGUGGACAGUUUAGAGAUGAUUUCUAAUUCAGACAUGGUUCCAAAUCGCAUGGAGUUUAUGGGAGCUGUGAAGAUUACAGUAGAAAUAGAAGGAGGUAGAAAAGCUAAAGUGUCUUUCCACAUUAUGGAUGUCAAUAGAAGGGAUAUUACUGGGUACAAACUCCUUGGACCAGUUGGUGUGAACGUGCAUAUAUCACCAGAGCUAGAUCCGGAUAAGACAGGGUGUCCUCAAGAAAGGAGGGCGUACAUUACUCCGCAUAGUGCAGCGAUUGUGUCGGCUCGAUGUGAGGGGCAUGGUUAUGAGGGAGAUCGCCUCAUUUGGCCACACAUGACUGGGAUGGUUGCAGGUGUGUAUACCAUCAAAGGUCGAAGUGUAGAUGUAUCCGUGGUGAACGAUAGCGAUGAGCCCAUGAUCUGUAGAGAAGGAGACGUGAUAGGUCAGUGGGGGACAGAGAAAUGGCGUGAGGGUUGGGAAGAUGUGAACCCGCUCAUGCUGGAUAGUACAUCCCCUGAUAUGAGUCCAGAGCAGAGGCGAACUUUACUGCUAGAACAGAUUAAGGAGGCGUCAAGUGUAGAAACGUUGAGCGAAGAUGUU